AUGACAGCAGGCCCGUGUGUGCAUAGCCCGACGACGAGGUGCAUGCCAAGGCGAACAUCAGACGCAUUCUCUGAACGCCUCGGUAGAUCAUGUAAAGGCCUGAUCAUGUCACAACGAGAACCUCUUGCUGGCUAUCCAUGCCUUGAUCGUCCGUCCAGCGAUGAGAGCAAGCGGGCUGUAGAUGAUCGCACUGACAUCCUACAAUCACUCUGCGUCUCUUUCGUCGUGGCUAAAAGUCGAGUCACGGCACAAGCAGAGGGUUCGUCUGACAUCUAUCGGCUCUGUGGCAGACUCACUUUGAGGAAACCGAGCGCAUCGGCUCGUUCCCUGAAGCACUGUCUGCAGAUGUUGAGACCGUACUUCCGGAUCAGGCCCGCUUGGUGGGAGCAUACUCGGCUGCGAGAGAUCGCUGUCAGCUUCAUCUGCAGCAUCACAGCAAAGCAUCAACUCACCAGCCUCGGCUGCCUUUGCCGUAGGUUCGCGGGCGCGAGUACCACACUGAUUGAUGACUGGAAAGCCGGACGCAUUGUCAGCAGGGGUCAUGUCGAGUCCGGUGAUGGCUACGCACGUCAUAUCGUCGUUGGCUGCCUCUCACCCGAACCGCUGGCGCACCUCGGCGACCGGGGAAGAUUCGACAGGAUUAAGGUGUAA